AUGAACUCCGAUCUUAACUCCAUCUUGCAUUCCGGCUAUCAGCAUCCCGUGACCCGGGCAUGGGCCAACCAAGGACGCAACAUCUCCAAGUCCAUGUUCAUGUACCCCAUCUUCAUCACCGACGACGAUGACGCCGAGGUGUCGCUCGACUCGAUGCCGGGACAGAAGCGAUGGGGAGUUAACAAGCUCGAAGGCUUCCUUGGUCCUUUGGUCAAGAAGGGUCUCUCUUCGGUCAUUCUGUUCGGUGUGCCGCUCAAGACGCCCAAGGACGCACAAGGCACGCUCGCCGACGACCCGAACGGACCCGUGAUUCAAGCGAUCAAGGUGCUCAGGAAAGCCUUUCCGUCUCUCUACAUUGCGACCGAUGUCUGUCUUUGCGAGUACACCUCCCACGGUCACUGCGGUAUCCUGCACGAAGAUGGCACAAUCAACAAUCAGCCCUCUGUCGAACGUCUCGCCGAAGUUGCCGUCAGCUACGCCAAAGCUGGCGCCCACUGCGUUGCGCCGAGUGACAUGAUGGAUGGUCGAAUUCGCGCCAUCAAGAAGGGCCUGAUUGACGCUGGGUUUGGCAACAAGGUGACGCUGAUGGCGUACAGUGCCAAAUUUGCGAGCAGCCUCUACGGGCCAUUCCGCGAUGCGGUUGACUCGGCGCCCUCGUUCGGCGAUCGUCGGUGCUAUCAGCUUCCCCCUACAGCUCGCGGCCUCGCGAGACGCGCCAUCGUCCGCGACGCCUCCGAAGGCGCCGACGUCAUCAUGGUCAAACCUACCCUGCCGUACCUCGACAUCGUUGCUGAAGCAAGAGAUCUCGCUCCAGACCAUCCGCUCGCGUGCUACCAGGUCAGCGGCGAGUUCGCCAUGAUCCACGCUGGCGCCAAGGCAGGCGUAUACGAGCUGAGAAGGAUGGCAGAGGAGUCCGUCCAGAGCAUGGUCCGCGCCGGCGCCACCAUCAUUUUGAGCUACUUCACCCCAGAAUUCCUCGACUGGCUGGACGAACCAACGAUGCUCUGA